UGCUGGAGAGGAAACUUUGCUGAGGCUUUUUCAGCUGCUGCUUGUUCCCUGACACCACUUGAGAAUCACCUCUACUGCAAUGGGGCGGCAGAAGGACAUUCUUGCUACCAUUGAGGAGCAUCUGAGGAUCAGAAACAAAUUAGUGCGGCAAGCGCUGGCUGAGUGCUUGGGGACACUGAUCCUAGUGCUCUUUGGCUGUGGCUCAGUUGCGCAGAUCAUUCUCAGCAGAGGGACCCAUGGAGGUUUCCUGACUGUCAACCUGGCCUUUGGCUUCGCUGUAACGCUCGGCAUUUUGAUCGCAGGGCAAGUGUCAGGUGGACACCUGAACCCAGCUGUCACUUUUGCCAUGUGUUUAUUGGCCCGGGAGCCCUGGAUCAAGCUACCAAUUUAUGCCCUUGCACAAACCCUGGGAGCUUUCCUUGGAGCUGGCAUAGUCUUUGGGCUGUACUAUGAUGCUAUCUGGGCUUUUAACAAUAACCAGCUCAGUGUUACAGGAGUGAAUGCCACCGCUGGUAUUUUUGCCACCUACCCAUCUGAGCAUCUGAACGUUGUGAAUGGCUUCUUUGACCAGUUCAUUGGCACUGCCUCCCUGAUUGUUUGUGUCUUGGCUAUUGUUGAUCCCUACAACAACCCCGUCCCCACUGGGCUGGAGGCUUUCACAGUUGGCUUUGUCGUCCUUGUCAUUGGAACCUCCAUGGGCUUCAACUCUGGCUAUGCUGUCAACCCUGCCAGGGACUUUGGGCCUCGUCUCUUCACAGCCAUUGCUGGCUGGGGCACUGCAGUGUUCCAGGCUGGUAAGCCGUCCCACUGGUGGUGGGUUCCAGUUGUCGCUCCUUUCCUUGGGGCAGUUGCGGGAGUGAUUGUCUAUCAGCUGACAAUUGGAUGUCACGAUGAGCCUUCUCCACCUGCCUCUGAGCAGGAAACAGUCAAGCUGGCUAACGUGAAGCACAAGGAGAGGGUCUGAGGAAGCUGCCACACCGAUCUGGCAGGUGUUCAUUACUCAGGACUGCAGCUGGCAAAAAGGAGACGUUAAGAAGAGCUUCAAGAACAACAGGAAGAGUUUUUUACCUGUCUUGAGAUAUUCCAGUAAUUUUUUUGUUUUGUUUUUAUAUAUCCCUGACAUAUUUGCUUUUGACAUUUCCUUGUGAGCCCUCCUCCAAAUGCAGUAUCAUGUAAUCUUUUCCUAAUAGAAGGGGAUUGAAGACUGUAGGAGUCAGGAGAGAAGUGGGAAUUGCAGUCCAACAUAAAUCAGGUGUUCAGGAAUUUGAAACUCUUUUGAGCUAUGUUGCUGACAUUGCCUGUGACCUUGGCAAGCUGCUUCCCUUCAAACCUGUGUUCCAAUCUGUAGAAUGGGGAUCAUGCAAAACAAAUUGUUUUGCUGGCAUGGAUUGGAAACUCCUACAUCCUGGAGGAAAUUUGCCUGUGAUUCUGUGGAUCAAAUUCUGCUUGAUGUUGCUCUAAAGUCAGUACUUUCACACCAGGAAUUAACUAGUCUAGAGGAUUAUUAGCCAAACUUUUAUAUCUCUUAUGAAUUCCUAGAUAUUGUAUCAGUCAGCUGAUCCACAAUGUCAGUGCAGCGAGUAACACUGCAUUGGAUUUUCAUUUAAUUUUAAGACUAAGUGUUUACAAAGAAGUGCACCCUGGUGUUCUAAUCAAAAUUUUUAGUAUUGCCAAGUCCUAGAAGAUCACAUCUAGGAAGUCCUUAUUCUAACCAAGGCUAACUUAGACAGAAAGCUUGGCUCCCAGAAGCAGACUUUCUAAUUAAUCAGCUUUGUAUAUAAACUGCAAGCAGCUAAUAGCCAAGAUCCACUGGAAACAUAGUGUUGCUUGAGUUGCGUGUGUUCAUGUAAAUUUUACAAAGGUGUUGUUGGGUUGGUUUUUUUUUUUGUUGUUUUGUUUUAGUAGAUUUAUCUAUAAAUAUGCUCCUUAAAGCUGUUACAAAAUACCAAGGUUGGGAUGAGUUCAUUUAGAGAUGUAUGGGAACUGCCGAUUCUCUGUCAGCUUUGAGAUAAUUUUGGGUUUUCCUGGGAUGGUCUUGGAUUACGGCAUUGUGGUUUUUGGAGCACUUCCUUUUCUACCUUGCAGAAUAACUGGGAUAUCCCUGGUACUCAUGGUUGAGGGACUGAGGUCAGGCACCUCCUGUACUAGCAGUACUGGCAUCUCAGGGGAUCUCUGGCUCUCCCAAUGCCAUAAUAUUACAAAGUAUUUGAAAAAAAAAUAUUGUUGUGAAAGAAUUUGUAAGUCCCAUGCAGUAGAGAAACUUUUUAAAAGCCUA